AUGUUUCACUGGUUUGCUUGUGCUCAUCAGCAUAUCAAGACCGCGAUGGAUCCUGUCAGUGAAACAUCACUUGGUCUUAUUGAAAUGUGUAUAACAUCAUCAUCGAAUAUCAGCGAACAAAAUUGUUUUAUUCCACAUCAUGUUCGUUCGGUAUGGAUUAUUUCAUUUGGUUUGGCGAUUUGUGCUCUUGGUCUACUCACACUGGCAAUUCUUCUUCUUCUUGCAUCACAAUAUACACAAGCAACAACUGUUGAAUAUGGUCGAUUAACUGGAUUUGUUGCUAUGAUAUUUUUAUGUCUUUCGACCGUUCUUUUUCCAAUGGGUUUUGAUUCGGAAAUUAUUGGUGGUUCACCAUUUCAGUUGCCAGCUGAUUAUCGGAUCGGAUCAAGUUAUAUCGCGUUCGUUGGUGGGACGUGGUUAACUGUAUUAUCGGCAUUAGUGGCUGGUAAAAUGUGCCUACCACGAUUUGUUACUUAA